AUGAUGUGAAAACAUUCUACAAUUUACUUUUUAUUAGUAAAGAUUCAGUUGUUUUUGUAGUUUCUUACUUUAACACAGAAAAGUUUCUGUGUUAAAAGAGGAAACAGAGAGUAUAAAACUAACUUAGUUUACCAUUUUGCACUUUUGAAUAUAGUUUUAAAAUUAUGUAUACAUAGUGUCUCAAAAGAUUACAGAUUAACAAAACGUGCUAAUUUCUCAUUAGUUUAAUUGUAAUUAAAUUUUCAUGCUAUCAACCAAAUUAUUCCAUUGUAAUAACAUUUGAGUUUAGUACUUUUAGUAACACGUUACAAAAUGUUUCAAAAUUUAAUUUUAAUAAUAUUUUCUGUUUUAUAUUUAUUUACAUCUGAGUCUAAUAGCGAAAAAAACAAUGUCUGUAGAACUAUGAAUGACUAUAUCCAUAUGGAAAACAAUACAAAUUGUUGGUAUAACCCAGAUGUAGGAAGCUCUGUGUCGGAUAUAAUUACAAGACGAGGUUAUCCAUUAGAGAGUUACCACUUUCAAACGGAGGAUGGUUACAUUAACGCCAUUUAUAGGAUUCCACAUAAUAAUAUUAACCAAAAUGAGCCAAAACAACCAAUAGUGUUACACCCUGGUUUAGGUGGUAGUCCGAAUAGUUUUCUGUGUGUAGGAAAUCGAUCACUGGUAUUUUUUCUUGUAAAUAAUGGUUAUGAUGUUUGGUUGCCUCAUCGCCGAGGCUCAGCUUUUGGCAAAGGUCACAUCAAAUACAACAGAACAGACUCGAAAUUCUGGGACUUCAGUUUCCACGAAUGUGGCUAUUACGAUAUCAAAGCUGAAAUUGAUUUUAUUAAGACCAAAAAUUCGCAAAAAGUGAUACUACUUGGUUAUUCUAUGGGAACGACCGAGACUUAUGUAUAUGCAAUUUUGAGAAAAGAACAUGCAAAGAAACAUGUAGCUGGGAUUAUUUCUCUUGGUGCUACAGCUUACUUAGAACACCCUAAUAGUAUUUUGAUGCAUUUAGCCCUUGCUUCACCUUACUUGGAAGGCUCUUUGAAAUUUCGUAAUAGAAAUAGUAUGUUUGACAGUUGGGAAAUUCAAAAUGUUGAACAGAAAAUAACUUACGAAAAUUUGGUUGCUACUUGGAAUCUUAUAAUGGGGUUAUUUGGUGAAGAUCCUCAUCAGUUGGAUCCAGUUGAUUUACCUGUCUAUUUAGCCAGCAAACUAGCCUCUACUUCGAUUAAAUCUGUUAUACAUUUUGUUCAAAACAUUAUUUCUGGUGGAAAUUUUCAAUAUUAUGAUUAUGGGAUUUUUAAAAACUUACAAGUGUACAAUUCACCAACACCUCCUUUAUACAAUGUAUCAGAAAUUGACAUACCAGUGUACAUUUUUUACGGUGAAGCAGAUAAUAUAAAUCCCAAAGAAGAUGUUUUUAAGUUUUAUAAUGACCUAAAAGUUAAAAAGAAAGGUAUAAUUCAUAUUUCUGAAGAUAAAAAAGUGAAAUAUAAUCACGCAGACUUUGUUUUGGCUAAAGACACUGAAAAGUUAUUUUAUGCAGUUUUAUUGAGAACAUUACGAGAAAACUUAAAUGGAUGAUAAUCUGGUAAAAGUAAAUUUUUACCUUUAUUUUGUGGAAAUAUUUGAUUUGUUCUAUAAAAAUAUGUUUUUAUGUACAUAUAACACUAUCAUUAGAAUUUCCAUAUUUUGUAAAUGAAAAUUGCAAUAAAUUUUUAAUUAAAUUUUAAUAUAAAUAUUUUAAAGCUUUUA